GUCACGCGCCACCCGGAAGUGGAGGCUCGCGCUGUUGGUGGGCGUGCGACAGAGAAGGCAACAUGGCCAAGAGCUACGAUUGCCUCUUCAAGCUGCUGCUCAUCGGGGACAGCGGCGUGGGCAAGACCUGCGUGCUCUUCAGGUUCUCCGAGGACGCCUUCAACUCCACGUUCAUUUCCACCAUCGGAAUUGAUUUCAAAAUCCGCACAAUAGACCUCGACGGAAAAAAGAUCAAGCUGCAGAUAUGGGACACCGCGGGCCAGGAGAGGUUUCGUACCAUCACGACGGCGUACUACAGGGGAGCAAUGGGGAUCAUGCUGGUGUACGACAUCACCAGCGAGAAGUCAUUCGAGAACAUCAAGAACUGGAUCAGAAACAUCGAGGAGCAUGCCUCGGCGGACGUCCAGAAGAUGGUUCUGGGCAACAAGUGUGACAUGAACGAUCGGCGGCAGGUGACCAAGGAACGCGGCGAGAAGUUGGCGGAGGACUACAACAUCCAGUUCAUGGAGACGAGCGCCAAGGCCAGCAUCAACGUGGAGGAGGCGUUUUUUACACUGGCCAGAGAAAUCAAAGCGAAAAUGGACAAAAAGAUGGAGGGGAACACUGCGGCGGAAAACAACUCGGUGCAGAUCACGAACGCGUCGCACUCGAAGAAGAGCAGCUUCUUCCGCUGCGCCCUGCUGUAGGCGCCGGCGACGUUGAGACGGCGCGCGGCGACGACGGCGCCGACCCCGCGACCUCCACCAUCGCCGCCCCCGCUUCGGACGCUGGGGGUGGGGGGGGCCCGCAAGCUGUGGAGAGCGUACUUUUCACGCGGCGAAAGGAAUGAGGCCUCGACGUUUUGCAGACUCUUUCUAACCCUCGGCCCCUCCCGUUUUUUUGUACGGGAAAAGAGAAAGAGCAGCGACGUAGAUUCUCGCGGGAUUUUUUUUACGCUGUUCGCUAGCAAUGCGAUUUUUAACCAAACGGGACUUUUCUAAUUUACGUGCGGGCCAUCAUCGGCUAUCGCGCGACCGCGAAUUUGUUAUUCGGACAAAAUUCGUGUUUAUAUUUAAUAGCAGCUCGUUCUUAACGCACCAAACGGCCGCCAGUUACUUACCACUCGCGAUUCCAUGGGCGCGUCUUUGGGCGCGACCGUCGUUCUGAUGAAACUGAAGCCGCGUCGAGCCGACACUAGCAGAGCGCUCUGUGCCGCUUGCGCUUAACAGUUUAAUCUCGCCUCGCUGGCACUGUCGUAACCGCUUGGCAACCGCCGAUCUCAUGCUCCCAAACGCUCGAAAACGGCCCCGGGAAUGCACGGGCGAGCGAUCGCGUCUCCUGUCCCGAUGCGCCGCGGCGCGGCUGCAUCGCCCCGCAUCGCGGUGCAGCGUUCUCCUUUAUUCCCAAAACGUUCAUUGCACGUUCCCCGAAUCUGACCACGUUGCCCCCACCGUCGCUGCCGCUCGGGAGUAAGGGAGGCGAUUUGGCAGAGUAAACGAUCGGCUCGGCUGUGCACGCGCAUCGCCCAAACAGCCACGAUAACGACCCCAACAAUAACUUUUUGCAUUAUGAAUUCGGAUUCAUAUCUAACAGAAAGAGGGCCCUUGCCUAUAAAUAUCCGGCAGUGCACCGGCCUGACUGCUGAUGAGACACUGGAUGUCAAAACCUGUUUAAGCAGUACUGCUGAGAAUAUAUCCCUCCCAGAAGGAAGGCCGUGGGAUGUGUAAGACUAAUGGGCUGUGUAGUGAAGAAAAAAAGAUGACAUUUUUACAUAUGGAGAGACCAAUAUGGGAAGUGCAUCCGCGCAUCGAACCAGGAGACGCUGCCCUUCGUGGAUUUGGGCCUCUUGCAGAGACGUGCGGCACGUGCUGCCCUUCUUGACGCCGUUGCAUAUCGGAGCGCUUUAACAACGUGAUAAGCGACUUGCAUAGCAUGUUGUCGUCUCGGCACAUUCUGAAAGGGGCACCCCAGCGGCAGCUCUGCACCAGCACCUGCCCUGCAAGCGGGUGUCAGUCCGCCAGCAGGGCGCGACGAUGGCCGCUUCGUCCGGUCCCGGUUUUGUAACAUACUCGUGCAAGGGAACCCUGCUGCUGUGUGGAGAUACUGAGCUUGCAAUUUGCUUCUUAUCGGCGGUGUCACAAGAGCAAGAUCCGUCCGCUUCCCGCACCGCCUGGCGCUGCAGAUCUCUGUGCUGAAAUCUUUAACGCAAAUGCUUUUACGAGGGUUAUGAGCAGAAUGCUGUUCUGGGAAUUAUUUUUGCGCGCCACAUCCAUCCAUCUCGCCUUAUUUUGUGCUCGCGCUGCUUGUAACACCUUUUUGUACGAUGACGAGAAUAUGGAAUAUAUCACUGUAUUCCAAUCUAGGAUGAUGAUGAUGAUGGAUAUGCGUACGUUGUACUCUAGUCAUAGUGCCUUAUGCCGAUAGUCCCUGCUCCGAGGCAGCCUCACGGCAAUCCCGAAAAUAUCGAGUGGGAGAUUUAAUCCUUGCUCCAACCGAUUUAAUUUUGAGCAUUCCGAUUCGCGUUUACAGCGCGCUCCGUUCCGGGCCGCUAGAGCCAAUGAGACUCGUUCUCGCGAGUCCUCGCCAUCAACGUCUCUCUCUCUCCCGUCGCGAUGGCGGGAGAGAUUGUCGAAGGAGACAUUACGGCGUCCCAGCACAAAGCUGGGUUCAGUUCGUCAUUACGGACACGGCGACAUCGUUCGCUGAAGUCGUUGUGACAACGAACUUCACUGAACACGGAGGCUUUCGUAGCCAAUGUUACGAUUCACAGUUGAUUUAUUUGGUUUAGGCCACGUAAUGACCGGGUCAUUUGUGCUGAUAAGAUCCCUCUGCCAUCUGACACAGCCAAACAUUGAAUUGAUACGUGGUGCACAAGCGCUUCAGGACACACCGGUUGUUAUCGUUUCACUCGCUCACCUGUUAAUUUUAAGAACAAUUCUCACUUUGCUAAAUAUUGUUGUACACAUGACCAUUUAAUCCAGUUUUGGCCAUGUCCAGUCGUGUAGGGGCCUUAACGACACAUUUGGCCAGAUAGCUACAUGGCCUGAUCCUACUUGAAUGGGUUGGGGGGGGGGGGGGUGAAUUGGUGAACGCGGAAGAAACAAGAGCGUGGUGGUGGGUCGCGAGGACCAGAGUUUAGGAAACCGUGGUUUUAAAUGUUGGCAGCGCAUACGUCGUUAGGAUAAUGAAAUGCUGUCUCCCCUCCCCCCAUAACCCUGUGUUGUUUACUUGGGUGUAGGUUUGCUGUACUGUGUUAUGGGAACGUGAAUAGUCUGAUUCACAUGAAUGACAUGCAAAUACGAAUUGUAUUAUUGUUACGCUUGUUUACCCCGGGAAAGCCUCACCGAGUCUCAGACUCUUUCAGGAGGGUCCUGCCAAGUUUCUUCCUGUAGGGGGCAACAUUUUGCUGUAUUUUUCCCCAAUAAGUAAAUUUGCGCUGUAUUUUUAUAAUUAGGCAAAUUUUGCCCCCAUGACGCUGGUACGCAAAGGCCUACGCUUCUUCUAAUGUGACGUAACUCGAGGGGAUAUUUAACAUCCACUGUGAGUGAAGCGGACGGCACCUAGUAUUUUGCGGAUGAGAAACACCGCAGUAUUUGCCAGGGCGGCCUGCCAGGACCAAACCGUGAAGCGCCACCAUCGCUCGUGUAUUCGACGUAAACAUAAUAAUUGAACCCUCCCAAAGACAAAAUUUAAGUGCAAUUUACCUUCGUAGUUUAAACUGUUAGUGAAUUAAAAUCGUGCUCAUGACAUGGACCUUUAUCAUUGCAGUUGCCCAUCUGUUUAAUAUAUAACGCACACAAUCGUUGGGAAUGUUGAUGGGGAAUGGCCGGGCGUGGUAUAGCUUUGCGGCUUGUCUCCUGUUCGCGAGGUCAGUAUUCGCAAAGGCCCUGUAUUAACAUUCACAACCGAAAUCCAGGAUCCGGCCGGGGUGGCUCAGUGGUUGAGUGAGCGGCUCUCAAUCGGUAAGGUCAUGAGUUCAAACCCUGGUUGGCGGGGGAGGGGGGUGUGUGGGGUGGACUCACGAAUCAUCGUUAUCCCGACCUCCGGUGUCCACAUUGGUUGUCCUCUGAAGAGACUCAACCUUGCCGUAGUAAUGUGGAAUUUCCAUUGGAGGUGAGCGUCGAUGCCCGAGUGUUCAACGGAGCAGGAAACGGCUCUUGUCGCUUUUCAACUCGGAUCCAGUGGUGGAUCGUGCCCCUAUGAUUCUCAUACCUGUCAACCCCUUGUCAGUGCCCUACCUUAUUACAGACCAACUCGGACCUUAUUGGUCACCCUGUGCCCUUAUAAAUCUCAACGUUCAUCCCACAAAGUCCCAUCACAAGAGAGAAACACAAAAAUACACUUUUUUGUUUGCUAAAGUUCCCUGUGCAAGGAUACGGGUAACCCGUAUGGGUUGACGGUUAUGGAUUAUGUUCACUCAAUGUUAGAAUUGGUCUAGCGCGGGAGGAGUCUGCAACCAAAAUAACCAGAAGCGCCUUUUCUCUUUUCGAAUUCCUGUAAUAAACCCAAUAUUUCAAGAGGCCCGCAAUGCGCUGUGGUGAAUACGAGACGGGGUGGGUCCUUUACAAAUAACGCAGCGGUCCUUAAGAGCUGCAGGUUUGCGAUCCCUUUGCUCUACCACGGCGCGUUGGUUCGUUUAUAAAUCCGUAAGCCCGCCAGGAUCCCAGCAGUAUUGACGAGUCUGCAAUCGAUACGAGCGACACUUUAAUUUUCGUGUUUUUUAAAAUAUACCCAGCGGCAGGAGGACAUCCUACGUACUGCGGUAAUUUAGCAACGAGAAUUUAAAUGUGAAAUUUUGGGCCAAUGCAAGCAAAGGUGGGAUUUUCGUCAUUAAAAAAAGGCCGCAACAACGUAAGAGUAUGUAACAAAAAUAUACAUUUGAUUCGUUCCACGCGUGGCUGUCGCUCACGCCGUGCGCGCCUGACAUGCACGCACGUGUCACAGCGUUGGUCUCCGUCGUCUUGUUGUUGUUGUUGGCGGUGUCGGUGGCAGUGGUAUGGGGGGAGCGGUAGUGUAGCGGUUAGCGCUCUGCGCUACGAACCCGGCGACCCGAGGUUCGAUUCCCGCUCAGGGCCGGCACCGGUGACGAUUAUAUCCGAGACGGUCCUGGACCUCCCCCCUAGGUCGACUGAGCCUGAAGUUAGUACGUGGUUGCGAUGUGUAGACAUCGUCGCUGGGGAGACAAAGGCGGCCGAGCGUGGUUCGGGCCACCCACCCCUCAACAGCACACAUCGGUCGCACAAGUCUUCAGCUCGUGCAUUUCGCUUAAUGUUACAAUACGGUGCAGAGCUCGGCCCCCCCCCCCCGUAGGAACCGACUUGGGCGCCGGAUGCAUGGUUUCCGGUUGUGAAUGUUUAAAAAAAAUCAUUCAUAUCGAGGCGAUGUGCGGGUCCGAUACAUCGCGUCGUGACGCACGAGUGCAAGGUGCCGUCAACGUGAGCCGAGCCGGUGAUGAAAAACAAGGGGGGUGGAAAGAUGGGGAACGGCCUCGCUGCCCCAAACCAUGCAGGGUCCCACCGAAAGGGGAAAUGGUGAUUUAGUUUUUUUUUAAGGGGGAAGGGAUGAUAAGGAGAGAGGGGUAGAACUGAAACAGCUGACGUCAAGAAAAUAAAAACAAAAGAGGCGGCCAAAACGACAAUUUUUUCUCUCCACCCCUCCGAAUCCGGCUGCCGUCAAAUCUGCGGGGGUUCUGCCCCUUAUCCUCGUUCCCUGUCUCCCGGUUAAUGUUGGUACAGGGCAUGAAAAAUAAGAACUAGUUUUACCCUUUCUGGCACUAAAACAGGUGGUAAGGUGUUCAAACACUAAAUAGAUACCCUUUGCAAAGAUUAAAUAAAGUCUGCAUUAACCACACGUGCAUGUGGUGAACAUGCAAACAGACAUGCUGUUAACAUGUGCAUUUUCUUUUAAGUCUCACCAGUGUUAAACAUGCAUACGUUUUCAUCAGAGCAUGUUUUUUGACAUGUUCACUACAAGUACGUGUGGUUAAUGCAGACUUCAUUCAUUGCAAAGAGUAUCUAUUUUGUUUGAACAUCUUAAGACCUGUUUUAUUGCCAGCAAGGGUUAAACAUAUUAUUUGUAAUACUUUUGAUACUGGCAAAAAGGUUCCAUGAUAUUGAUACAGGGCAUCUGCAAAUACUCUGACCUACGCGAACAAGAGGCGAGCUGCAUCGUGAUACCACACCUCGCCAUGGUACUUGACGCUGCGAGCGAGGGCUGUUCAGUUGCGCCGUUAAUUCGCGACGAUUCGUCCACGAUGCUGUUCAUAAGAAACCCCCCAUAAACGCAAUGCAUUUAGA